GGCCCGGCCCGGCGCGGCCGCCAGCCCCGGCCCCGCCGCGGCCUCCCCCGCCAUGUGAAGCGCAGGAAGAUGCGGAGGCGCAGCCCGGCCGCCCGCGGCGAGGGAUGAGCCGAGACGGGGAGAAGAUGACCGAGGACGCCUACCCAGACGACUGGAGCUCCUGCCCGAUCCUGCCCGCUGCUUGCUUGCCAGAAGAUCACGAGGAAGCUCCAGGAGUGAGAUUUUUGGGAUAGUCCCUGUACCAUCCUCCAUACUUGCAGCAGCUGCACGUGGCAGGCAUGAUGGAUGUUGGGGGUUGCAGUCUUGGACACCGCAAUAUAAGGAUAUGAAACUAAUAGAGAGCAUCCCAAGGAGAGCUGUGAAAAUGGCAAAGGGUCUGGAGGGCAAGAUGUGUGAGGAGUGACUGAGGCCCCUGGGUUUGCUCAGCCCAGAGGAGAGGAAGCAGAGGAACCACCAAAGCUUGGAAGGCUGCACUGGAGACAGCUUGUUGCUCUGCUGUCAGAGUGUACCCAUGGUUUUAUUGUGUGUGGUGUUGUUGCUCCAUGCUAUUUUUAUGUGAUCUGAAUAAACGGUUUUAAAGAGCCAAAUUGUGACUUCUAAAAGCGUUUGUUGCUUCUUGGCAGAUGAUGGAGGAAAAAUAGACUCUCUGGCAUACAUUUGAUGAACUGCCAUAAUGGCAGGAGUCUACGCUGGGUGUUUUUGUGCGAGUGUUGUCUAGUUUGUGUUGGAAGCUUGUUCCUUUGUAGCUAGAGCAAAGGGAUGAAGCCAGGAUAUCCAGGUGUCACUUCAGGGUUAAAACAUCUUGCAGAGUAACAGGGUUGAAGGGUGCACUCAUAGGAUGUGACUUCAUUCUUACUUCCAAGCCCGGUUUUCAAUUAAUCAGACAUAGCACGAAGCUGGCUGGUUCUCAGGGUGACUGGAAGCAAGCAUUGGGCCUGGGUGCAAACUGCAGCAGCCUUGGUCAGCACAGUGGAUGCAGGUGCUCACAACCACCUCACAUCCUUCAUUAGCCAGAGAGUGGCAGUUUCUUGAUAGCUGCUUCCUAGAAGCCAGUGCUCAAGGGCUCCGUCUGUGUCUAUUAUUAUUUUUCCUAUUUCUGCCUCUAAUUGAUUUGUGUAAUUACCGACGCUGUCAGUCAAUGCAGAGAGUUACAGGGCGAUGUAAAACAUUUCGCUGUGCUGUUUGUAUGCGUGAAACUCUGCUAACAUACAUGGGAGACCAAAAAAAAAGAGGAUAGAUUAACAGCUGGUCUACUUGGCCAUGCAGCAAUAAGGUAGGACUUCAAUUAAAAUAAUCACUUGAAAAGGGAAAGUGAAUCAGUGUAAGGCAGGUAGCCAUAGCUAGCCCAGCUAGCUUGUGUGUGCAUCUGGGAGCAGACCAUCGCUUCUCCCUUACCACCAAGGGGUGUGUUGAUAUCCACUACAUCAUUGUAGUGACACCAGUGUUUUUCUAGUCAAGAAUAAUGUGGGUGAACUGGACUUGGAAAUAAUUUUGGAGGUGUACCCAUCGGAUCUUUGUUUUCCUAUGUGAUUUUUACUGCAAUUUAAUCAACAGUGUUGUCACUGCUAUCAGUUGGUGCCACGUUUGAUACAGACAAAUAGGAAACACGCAGCUCAGUGUGUUCUGUAUGUUGGGCAAGUAGAAAACAGGAAAUAUUUGAUAAAAUGUAUAGUGAUAUGUAUACAAAUGUUCCACGAGUCAAGAUACAAGUAGCAUCUGGUUCUUCAUCGCCAUUGUGGAAGAGGUAAAACUCUAAGUGGGAAGUUGAGUUGAUAGUGCUGCACUUACUUUCUUUUUAAAAUGUAGAUCAUUUUAGCCCACAGUGACAUCCCUUGACACCCCUUAACUAGCGUGGAAAUCUAAUUAUAUUUCUUAAGCAGUGAAUGUCCUAGUUCAAAGUGAUUACUUGGAGCAGACAUAAAUAAUUAGUCUAUAUACAGCAUUAAAUACAGCGCUUACAGGAACGUUUCAGAGGGAGAAGUCUUUAAGCAAUCUGUUUUGAGGUUUGAGUUGCAUUUAAUCCAUGGCUUGGGGAUUCUGCAGGUAGAUCUCAGCUUAAUUCAGCUUUUAGAGUAGCAGUUCAGUAUGUGUGUGGCACUGGUUGUAAAGAGAGCUGUCCAGGCAAAGAGGUAGAGAAGUUGCUUCAAAGAAUACUUGGAUGAGGACGAACUUAUGUGGUGUCCCUUCCCUCUCCUCUGCUCACUGCUGUAGGGGAAAGCAGCAGACCCUGAGCAGCUCCGUAUCUCAGCCCAACACAAGGACAUUUCCCACAAGUAUUGCCUUAUUGCCUUAAUUGGGUAUUGUGGAUAUACUGAGGUGUAUCUAGCGGAAGGAGCACCUUUGUCCAGUGGUUUAUUGAUAUCACCUACAGAACAUCGCGCAUACAGUGACAGCCAUUUCAGUGCCUUGAAAUGACUUUAAAUGAGGUAAAAAACAAACAACAGUGUUGGGUAGCAUAACAUGCAGGAUGGUCUCCCCUGGCUGACAGCUCUGGGGACCUGGGUGAGGAAACUCUUUGCAGCUGCUUUUAUACAAAGAAUGGUGUGACCUGCAGAUGGAGGCUUCUGCCAGUAUCUUGAGCUUCAGAAAAACAAAUAUUCACUCAAAAUAACAUUUAAAAAAUAAACUUCCACUUCUUCCUGUUUUUAUAGUUUGCUUGUUUCCUCAGUGUCAUGGUUUUGUCUCCAGCACUGUAGGUUAUUAAUCUUCGGAGGAUCAGGACCUUCAUAGAAGUAUUUCCUGUACAUGUUUAUCUGCCUUUUUAACAAAUUAGUAUCUACUAGUUCUCUUCUGAAUUUUCCUGCAAAUAAUAGGAAGCUCUCUCUCAAUAAUAAGGCUUUUUGCUAGAAAAAUGUCUAGAUGAAUCAUUGCCAGGGGUUAAAGUACCUUUUGUAUGACUGAGUCAAUGGCAUCCUUUAGGACAUCUGCAAGUAGCCCCACAUUCCAGAGGUCACUGUCUUUGUGUUGGUUUUGGCAAAGCUUUCUUUCAGCUACGCUUCAUUCCUUUGGUUGUGAGUGCAUCUGGAAGUCUCCUCUCCAAGUGUCACCUGGAAUGCUGGAAAAGGGAUGCUGCGAUGUCUAAAGCCACGCAUUUCCACCCGACCUGUUAGCAGGAAGAAGUGUGCAAGGCAAGUGUUGGCUGUUAGUCAGCAGAGGAGUCCCCAUUUUGUACGUCCAGCCAUUGUAUUCACUUGCUACAAUGGGAUGCAGGAAAUCUUUGAAGCUGCUGCACUGCUAGCUUUGUUACUUGCAGAUGAACUCAUCUUAGUUUUUAAAUUACACGUAUUAAGUAUGUUUACUUAAAUACAUUCUUCCUAGAAUGAAAGCAUGUGGUAGAUGAGGACUCAGCUCCCAUGUUCUCAACAGAGUCACUGCGGUUCAAGUACAGGCUGAACAGGCUGAAGCAAGGAUGUGGUUUUCUUCCUUCCACCCCAGAAUCAGUGGUGUGACCAUCCUGGGUGACCGCUUGCCUGCUGGGAUUGAAAUGCAGAGGGAUGAGUCGCAGUUCUGAAUUAACCAUGAUGUGCAAUGACUUAUGGCUGGAGUGGAAAUGACCUUGAGGAAUGUGGCUGCUUCAAAGCACAGUCGCCCAUCCUCAAACCAAGGCUCUUUAUUCCUAAAUUUUCUCAUGUUCCAAGAUCUUAGUGAGAAUAACUUGAAUCCUAAACAAGCAAGUCAGGUGCUCAUAAUAUAGUUGGAUAAAACUGCCUUCAGCAAAAAAACAAACAAACAAGAGUUCUUAAAUGGUGCAUUGAAAGCUGAGCUUGCAUCUUCUGGGGUGGCUCGUCGAUUUUGUGUCCUUGGUAAGCUGGAAUAAAAACCUUAGUUAAAUCUGAGUUGAAGAGGGGGAAAAAAUGAGUUGUGGUGGAGUCAGAUAAACGCUUGUGGUUCCAUUAUCAUCUGCUGCACACACACUGAGUGGCUGUAACACAGCUUGAGAAAACUGAAAAGCGAGUGGGAACUUGGAAAGAAAAAAAAUCAGGUUGUGUCUUCAUCCUCCCUUCCUUACUUGCAUAGUUUACUGGGGGUCAGUGGAGUAUUUGCCCAAAGAUAAGAGAUAAACACCUUUUUAUCACAGGUCUUCAACAGGAAGAUCAUGUUGCUUUUCUCCACUGUUCUCUUGUUUUGUUUUGUUUUGAUGUUCUUAAACUUCUGAGGGUUCAGCAUGCUUAGAGGUGCAGCUCGUUAAGUGAAUAGACUUGCAUGAGCUGUUUCUUCUUGUUUCCAGAGCGUGUUAUAUUUUAGUGCUCUGUAGGGCACUGGUUAUCUGGGGUAUUCACCACUAAGCCCUGGAGAUGGAGGCUGCAGCCCCCAGCUGAUACUCACUGCACUCCAAAUCCUGAAGCUUCAUCAUCAUCUGCUCUGUUAGAAGACCAGCAGAGUCAGCUUCAGCUAUGUCAGGGGACUCCUGAAGACUUAUCCAGAACUUCCUUGUGAAAGGAAUUAGCAUGAAAAGAGGGAGGUGCAGCACGUUGGGCAGCUCAGCCUUACCCCUCAGGAUGGCAGAGGGUUACACUGAGGCAGUCUUGCCUGAUGUCCUAUCCUGCUGUAUGUGAGCAAAGUCUUUGUCACCUGUGAUGUUUUCUGCUGGCACUCCCCACCACUGCAUCUCACAGCAUUGAAAGCAGCUGCCCAUUGAAACACGCUGUUGGAAGUACUAAGCUGUUACAUGGGACCUGAAAUGGGGCUGUGCUGAGGACAGCAGUGGAAGGCAAGCACACCACUUGAGGAAAUGUUUGUUUCAAGCACGUUCUGCUUUGCAAGGGAAGCAAAGGCAGAAAUGUGAACAGGAAAGCCAACUGCAGUGAGAGCAAAGUAGAAGUUAGGAGAUGCAUGGAGUUGGCUGGAGGAAAUCAAAAGAAUUGGUGAAAAAACUGCUGGCUGCCCUAGGACUGAAAGCCAUCAGAAGGCUUAUAGAUAGUCAAUGACGGACAUAGCAGUCUUAAAUUAAGAAUAAAAUAGUUCCUGUGCUGCUAAAAGUCAAGGCAGAAUUGUUUCAGACGUCUUCUCCUAAGUCUAUAAAACAUCAGCUUGCUCUCAGGAGCGCUGAGAGGGGCUGGCUGUUGAGCUCUGCUGCCUGUUCAGCCUGUGAGAUGUCAGCCCUGCUACAAGAAAAACAUGAAUUCAGACACAAAUUGUGGACAUGAAAAGGAUAUCGCUCUUGAACUAAGUUUUUUUUUCUUUUUGGGGGAUUUGCACUUGAACAGAGGAGGAAGAUUCGGGGUUUUACCAGCAAAUCUCAAGAAAAUUAGAAUUUGCAAAAAAAAAAAAAGAGUUGAUGUUAGAGUUGUAAACCAUGUUGGCCUUUUUCAACCAAUCUGAAUGGAGAACUUUCUUUGUUUGCACAGCUUGAAGCAGAAAUGCAGCCUCUGUGUUGCCAUGCCUAAGUAGCAUUUCCCUGUUUUAUGAAUGUGGGUGCAGCGAUCCGAUGCCGAAGGGAUGCCUGCAGUCCUCCAGCUUAAAUGCUACAGUCUUCUUGCAGGUUUAUUGCAGUAGUUGGGAUGCGUUUGCAUUAGGAAAGCAUCGUGUCUAGUGAUACUUAAUAUUCGUGUGAACUCUAUAUUGAUAAAUGUAUGAGCAGAGUCAAGCUGUGUCAUGGAGCAACUUGAUCCAGUGGGUGGCAACCCUACCCACAGCAGGGCGUUGGAACUGAGUGAUCUUCAAGGUCCCUUCCGACCCAAGCCAUUCUGUGCUCAGAAAUGGACGUUUGUGGGCUGUCCAUCCCCAGCACAUUCCUUGACUGCAAUCUGGACGGGUCUGUGAGACUUCAGUGUUUCUUAUACAUAUGGGAUUUGCCACGCUGCAGCUGGAAGAAGCCCUUUUUGGCUGCUCUUUCAGUGGCGUCUCUUUCUGCUGCAUUUUUGUUUCCUCUUCUCUCCAGCACGAGUUGGAUGAAGGCUGGAUUUAAAACAGUGCUGUAGACAGCAAGGGUGGUGUGAAUGAACUGGGUCUGUCUGAAGUGCUAGACAAAGAAAAGAAAGCUACACUGAACGUGUUUAUCAAGUCUUGGUUUUGCUGGUUUGUUUGUUUGUUUUAAGCUUCAGAAAUGGAGAAAAACAGCCUCCUUUGUGCCUCGCACAGUGCAGCUUCUUGCUGGGUUCGUGAGUUGCUGGGGUCUGGUCCUGUGUGCUGUGCUGACCCCGUGCUGCUGCAGGUCAGCCUGUUAGGACUGGCUCCAGCAGGCCGAGAGGAUUUCAUCCUCUGAAUUGCAGUUUCUGUAGCGGCUCCUCUCGCUCCGAGCAUCGUCUCGGCUCUUUGAACUGUGCUCACAGUUGGCCCGGAGGCAGCAGGAAACAGAUCUGCAGCCUCGUUGGCUCUCUGCUUGCGAUGUUUGCUAACAGCAGAAGCCUGCAGCAGCGUGCAUCCUGCUCGAAACUGGGGACAGUGUUCCCGUAUCACAGCAGUUGCUCACCGGUCCAAGCCAGGAAAUGCACAGAAGCACUGGAGGAUGUUUCACUGUAGCACUGAGCACCAGGCGUGCUGAGGUGGUCUUGGAGAGCAUGGAAUUCAAGGGAAAAGGAAGAAGAAAAAAAAGUGCACCAUCACUGACACGCUUGGAUCCAAGGCUUGUUAGCUCAGCCUUAAGUAUAAUGAAUCCUUGCAAAAUUAAGAAGCCAGACAGUGAUUCAGAUAAUGCUUACAAACAUCUUGUGACUUGGUACUGGCUCCCUUUUGGAGAAGGCUCUUGGGAACUGAGCUCAAAGUGAACUGAAUUAGGUGCUGCUGCUUCUUGCCUGCUGCACUCGCUUUGUGCAGAGGGAAUGCCAGGUCACAGUGUUGGUUGCAGCCACGAGUUGAGCAUGCUGUCUUGAUGAUAACAGGGAGCUUUCCCAUGCGUUGUAUUCCCACAGUGUUUCUCCCACCUUACCCCUGAUCCAUGCACAACAUGCAAGUGACUUUGCAGAGAAAACCCAAGUCGUGGCUUGACCCCAUGCUGCACUGUGAGUUUUUAGGAGGACCUCUUAAAAAAAAAAAAGAAGUAGGAAGGCAAGAAAAUGGGCAAAUACCACAGGGAUGUCAGUACUUAGGCUGCUGUUUCAAAAACAUGAUUACAACAUGGUUUAUUCAAAGAUAAUUUUGUCUUACACUGGGAGGCUAAUUUCAUCUUCCCUCGUCCCUCGAGAGAAAAACUUUAGAAACUGGGCUUGCAGCAAAAUGGGUAAGGCAUCUUUGUUUAAUUCUUUUUCUGGCUGACUCGCUUUGAGCUCAUAUGCUGAAUUCUGGCUGGAGGCAGCUGAGGACAAAGCUGGUGUUUGCUGCAUGGAGCAUCUGAGGGUAACAGCAGCGCUGCUCCAGAGCUGGGAGAGGGGCACAGCGAGUUCAUAGAGUCAUAGAAUGGUUUGGGUAGGAAGAUCACCUAGUUCCAGUCCCCCUGGAACGAGCAAGGUUUCCAGCCUUGCUAGGAAAGGAAAUGCUAGGUCAGGCUGCCCAGGGCACCAUCCAACAGCUCUGCAUCCUUCUUGUGCUGGGGUUAGGAUAGCUUAGUUCCCAAUUUUGCCUAUGCAGCUUGGAUUGAGGGGAUUCUUGAGCAGUGUUUCUUGCUGUAAAGCACAGAGAGAAAUCAAGGAUGACUGCGAAACUUGGGGGGCACUGUGUGGGCUCCCCAAAAGAUUCCACGGGGCUGGUCCCAGCCUGUUGAAGAAGCUUUUGGAGUAUAAAGUGUGGGUAGGGUGACACCUACACUCGACCUUGACCCGCUUGCCGUUCUGGAGGCAUCAGUGACGUUGCCCCAGGGUCUGGCGUGACUUGUGACAGCCCCGGCUGCUCUUAUUGCUUUAUGACAGCCAUAUCGCCAUUGUUUGAUUGAUUUAUUUUUGAUUAUUAUUAUAUCUUGUAGCCUAUCACCGGGGUGGGGAAGCGGGGAUCUUUGGCCGGUCAGCACGCUGCGAGCAGGAGGACGUUGCCAUGACAGCUAUAUUGUGCGAGUCAAAGCUGUGGUUAUGACCCGAGAUGACUCCAGUGGGGGAUGGCUGCCGCAAGAAGGAGGCGGCCUCAGUAGAGUUGGCGUCUGCAAGGUCACGUACCCAGAGGGCAAUGGAAGAAGUGGAUUUCUAAUCCAUGGUGAAAGGCAGAAAGACAAACUGGUGGUGCUAGAGUGCUUCGUGAAGAAGGACCUGGUGUACACCAAGGCGAACCCGACCUUCCACCACUGGAAAGUGGACAACAGGAAGUUCGGGCUCACUUUUCAAAGCCCUGCCGAUGCUCGAGCCUUUGACAGAGGCGUGAGGAAAGCCAUCGAGGACCUCAUUGAAGGGUCUACUACUUCCUCUUCUACGCUUCACAAUGAGGCUGAGGUCGGCGAUGAUGAUGUCUUCACAAAUGCAACAGAUAGCUCCUCCAACUCCUCUCAGAAAAGGGAACAGCCUGUGCGAACUCUGGCUUCUCCAGCAUCCUGCGAAAAUAGAAGAAUUUGCACUCGUGGGCACCUUCAUGACCAUUACAGCUCUGACCACUACCAUCUAGAACAAUCAGUACCACGAUCCUACCGGCAUGUCAACUUUCCAGAUGACGAUGAGGAAAUAGUGCGCAUCAAUCCUCGGGAAAAGAUUUGGAUGACUGGAUAUGAGGACUAUCGCCAUGCCCCAGCACGAGGAAAGAACUUCGAUCCUGAUGACGUGGACUCCUAUGUACGUUUUGCCAAAAGCGAGUCCUCAAAACACGAGUACACUUAUCCUUACGUAGACAACUCAGACUUUGACCUGGGUGAAGAUAUCAAGGGUGCUGUGAUAAAGACUCAACCUGUCAAAUUCAAGCCCAGACGGAAGGAAGAUGGUGAGAGGUCACGGUGCGUGUACUGCAGGGACAUGUUCAAUCAUGAGGAGAACAAACGGGGUCAAUGCCAGGAUGCUCCUGACCGCAUCAAGACUUGCAUCCAUCGAGUGAGCUGUAUGUGGUGCGCAGACACUAUGCUCUAUCACUGUAUGUCCGAUCCAGAAGGAGACUUUACAGAUCCUUGUUCGUGUGACACCAGUGAUGAAAUGUUUUGCCUCCGGUGGAUGGCCCUUAUCGCCUUGUCGUUCAUUGCUCCAUGUAUGUGCUGUUACUUGCCGCUUCGGGCUUGUUACCACUGUGGGGUCAUGUGCAGGUGCUGUGGUGGAAAACACAAAGCUGCUGGAUGACUACGAAUGAGUUCGGUGUGUUAUGUUUUUCCUGUAGUUCGGGGAACACAUUGGUUUUGGAGCAUUGAGAUCACUUAUUUUGAUGCAGCCACUGUGCCCAGCAGCAUCCAGAAACCACCAGUUUGGAUCAUUUUACAUUUGAUCGUCUGGGGCUCACACUGCAUUGAUUUGCUCAUCAAGUGUUCUAACUAACUAACGUACAGCAUAGACUUUUGUAUUAUUAAUCUGUAAUCAAACAGACUGUCUUGUACAUGUUUAUAUUAUUUUUUUUUUCAGUUAAAAUGAGUUUAAGAACUGCUUUAAAUGGUGGUGGAUUGUACAACAUCUCCAGGUUGUGUCCGUCUUGCCUCUGCUCGCACGGUACCAUCAGUGCGUUAGCAAGUUUUGGCAUUUCUCUAAGCGGGGUGGUGUAGUGAACGAGAUCUCACUUGGAAGAUAUUUUAACUUGCUGUCAAGUUAUUGUGUGUAUGGAAGGUGUGCUAGUAACAAACUUGUACCACAACACAGUAUUUCUGUCACUGGUUUUCUUUUGUUUUUGUUGUUUUUUUUUUGUUGUUCUGUUUUUCAAAGCCAAAAUAGCCAUGUAAGCUGCAGUUUCUCUUCUAGAGUCCAUCGUCAUUUCCUUCAGCAAACAUCUUAAAUUAUUUCUCUGUUCCUAAAGCUCUAUGAACAGAAAGCAAAGCUCAGUUACCAUAGUCACAUAACCAUUGAGAAUCUGGUAGUUCUCCUUACCUGUAAUCAUUUCAGACCACUACUUGAAAGGGAAACUUUAAAUUUAAGUGUUUUCUUUUUUCCCUAAAUAACUUUGGAAAAAUAAAACUGUGUUUUCAGAGUUCUGCCCAAAAGAAGGGAACUUUUUCUUUAGACAGCCAUGUAAUGAUUUGAGUAUAAAACACUACAGUUCCAGAUGAGGAAAAUUGUUGUUAUGCAAAGAAUUAUUAACAAUGCAAUGUCAAAAGCACUAUUGUAAUCCAUGGCAAUUCUGGGGAAAUGCUGCAUUAAGUGGUGGAUUGUAUGGAAAAUAGUAUUUGUUGAUUUUUUUCUGUAUAGUACGUGAGCACGAGAACACGCGUGUUCAUGAUAGAAACUACAUUUAGCAGUCUAAACAGGUAUUGAAAAUCAAAAGCCAGGCUGUUAACCACCAUUUUCAUUUCCUGACCUACGGUUCUGAUUCUCCGGAUGCUUACAGAUGUCCAAUGUAAUGCAUAUGCAACCAGCAUUUGUUUAAUUCUUUGUAUAGGAUUAACCACAGGAGUCUUUGCAGGAGCCAGACCGAAGCGUCUCCCUCACUUUCCCCUUCCUAGUUCACCACCCAGAUUUAUCAAGUGGAUGCAUAAGGUGCAUACAGUGGGAUAAAAUUACUUUAAUUUUUUUUAAAUGUCAUGUUGUCUUGUGUACAAGGCUUGUAAUUAGCUGGAAAAAAAAAAAAAGAGUAUUUUUCUAAUAUAUUACAGGAAUAGCCAAAUAAUUUUUAUUAAAAAAAAUGAUUUAGCGCAGUGAGCUCUAACUAGCAUAGUACAAUCUGAAUACUUUGAGGCAGCUAGGGAUUGGCUUGUCAAAGCUGGCACUGCUGUUCCUGCCAUAAUUUCUUUCUGCAGUAAAUUGCCAGUGAGCGCAUGUCCUUUCCCUCCCUCUAUUGCACAUUGACAUCAGUCUUAAAAGAGAGGAUUUCUUUUUCUUUUUUCUUUCUUCUUCUUUUUUUUUUUCUUUUUUGCCAAAUAAAUGUAAAAGGAACGCUUGCCAUUUUUUCUUGGUGGAAUGUCCCAACGGUUCCUCUGAGAGUUAAUCACAGCUUUUUAGUAAACCAUGAACUAAGUAUGCAACGUGCUUAUACACUAUAGAGUUCGGUAGGCUUAAUUUGUAGCAGUCGCUGGGGAUCUUUUGGUUGGAAAAGAAAAAGAAUGAUAAUGCAAAAGGGAUGGAGUGUUACACUCUCGGUGAUGUGUCUGGGUUUGCUGAAUGAAAUAUAAAUAUUUUGUGCCUAAUAGCAGUUGACAAAUCUCUCAAUGGUGUCUAGUAAACAUCAAGCCAGCCUCGAAAACAAUUUUAUGGAACAACCUUUUCCUUUUAUUUCUGUUCUCGGAGUUGUUUCAUGUAAACAAACAUCUGUAAGAUCUUCUCUCUAUAAAGCACAACACUACAAAAAAGAUCUUACAGUUUUUUGUCCGGUCUUGAAGUGCCCCUAUUUAUUUAAGUGAAGUAGACAUACUCCAAGCCUUUCUGUAUGUCUGGAAAUAAAAAUAAUAAUAAUAAUAAAAAAAAAUCCCUCCCUUAUUAUUUUUUUUUUCUUUCAGUUUUUCCUCCCUCCUUCUCCCUCCCUCUCCUCCUGUUGGGUUUUUUGUAAUACUUGUAGAUUUUUGUGUGUUAUUUGGUUUGUGAAGGCAGUGGUGUAAGGGCACAAUGGAUAGAAAUGGGUGUUUUUUGUAAAUAUUCCUCCUUACUUUCCACACUGCUGCUGAACAGUGUGUAGCGUUCUCCCAGUCAGCUUUGCAAUACUGACAUCAAUCAUUCGAGAUAAAUCAUUCAGAUUUUAUUUUUGUAUCUGUGGUAACAAAACAUUAACCACGUUUUUGGUUUUUUUUUUUUCCUGUCAUGAAAAAUGUUUGGUUUUUUUUUCCAAGCUAUCGCUCACAUUAACAAAUUAAAGUGCCUGAAGCCUCAUCAUUAUUGUAUCUAUAUACUAAAAGUUAAAACCCUGUUGUAUUGAUUUUUAUAAGCCUUUUUACCUCUGUGUAAAAAAUAUAUAUACAAGUGUAUGAUGUACAUUUUAGUUCUUAACUUCUUUUUUUAUUGUUUCUAAUAUGUAUGAUCAGUGUAGCUAUUGCUUUAAAAUGUACCAUGUAAAUAUAAAUACAUCAUAUCAAAACGA